GGCUGGAAUUGCAAGCUCGUAGUGAGCGCGUAUAUUAGGGGCUCUAUUCAGAAUCUCGAGGGAAAUACGACUUUCUGCUACGGACAAUGGCAGCUGUUCAAGCUCAUCCCUUGCCUCGCCUCAAAGCUGAAUCUUGACCAACAUCGUUUUUGGCAUCAGAACAGUCGUCCGUCUUUCCAUAAAAAACUAAAGAUGGCCGUUAUUUCUUCUCUUUCUCUUGCAAGUUCUUUUCUCUCUGGCAGUACCCGUUGCCGAAUCUGCGCGCGAGACAUUUCCGACAACAGAAGUCUCUCAACCAGCUUCUGUGCAACCCACGACCGACAAGCCAGUAGUUACGAGGCGAUCCUCGGUUGGUGGUGCUGUGAGCUCCAGCACAAAUUCGAGCUCGUUCGACGAGAGAGGUGGAUUGCCGAAGGUAACCCACUACCCUCACUGGGUGAGACGGCAACAGCGUCUCAGGAUGUCCUUUGGCAGAGGGCAAAUCUCCUGGGGCUACAGUGUGAGACGAGUCUGGUGGAAAUGGCAGUCGACCUGAGAUCUGGUCUUCAAAAGCCUGAUUGGAUCACCAACAUCGAGGAGCUCAAGUACUACAUGGGCGAGCGCUUUGGAUACAUACAUUGUGCAUUCAAGAUAACCCUGGAGAACAACUGCGUAUACGUCUUCGAUCCCACGGGCAUUCAAUUCGGUCCUGAAUGGGCAGUCCUCACUCUUUGGGAAGAAUAUGUCUUGGAUCGACAAGAGACUCUCACUCUUUCGGAACAAGUCGACUUGCAACGACAGGCCAAGGACAUGCUGGACCUGGUCGUACGCCCAUUGGGCCAGAACGCAGACUGGCGGCUCCAGGGCUACCAAGGCACAUACUAACUCGCUCCUGGGCAGUGUAAGUUCCUCGCAAGCAUCUGACAGCGUCGUUCGGUCUCUCAAACUGGGUAGACCGUGUCCUCGUAUGGAGAUGGGAAGCAGGGCUUGCUUGCCUGGGAGUACGACCGAGAGGAAGGCCCCCGUGGCGUAGGGUCGGUCGCUCACCGAACUUUUCCACCGGUGCUAAGAGCCCUCAACUGCCCCGACAUCCUGUUGACGUUCGUGAGCCGAAGACAAAGGUCA